GUUUACAUCAAGUCGAGUAGAAUGCCCACUGCUCGCCGAACGCAUGACGCGUGUUGAUGACGUCACACUCCCUGACGACAACAAACAUGGAGGAGUAUGCCCGUGAACCUUGUCCCUGGAGGAUAGUGGAUGACUGUGGGGGUGCUUUCACGAUGGGUGCAAUCGGUGGAGGCGUAUUCCAGGUCAUUAAGGGAUUUCGCAAUGCCCCUGUGGGUGUCCGACACAGACUGAAAGGUAGUGUAAGUGCUGUACGAACACGAGCUCCACAGAUUGGAGGCAGCUUUGCUGUGUGGGGGGGGCUUUUCUCCACCAUUGACUGUGGUUUGGUACGUCUGAGAGGGAAAGAGGACCCCUGGAACUCCAUCACGAGUGGAGCGAUGACUGGGGCCGUCCUGGCAGCACGGAGUGGACCCUUUGCCAUGAUGGGCUCUGCCAUGAUGGGAGGGAUUUUGCUUGCAUUAAUUGAAGGCUUUGGGAUUCUGCUUACCAGAUACACAGCACAGCAAUUUCAAAACCCAGGUCCUUUCAUAGAAGAUCCGGACCAGUUGCCUCCAAAAGAUGCAAGUCAGAAAGCGGGCUGGUAGAGCAAGGCCCUGUCACAAUUAAGGCAGCCAGGCCCCGGCACAGCCACAGUAAACCACAAGCGGUUUUACAAGGAAGACUAGGAAGAGAGGCUGACUUCACUCCUGCAUAGUUGCACUUUAACUCAUUUCCUCAGGACUGAAUGGUAAUGUGGACUUUAGGUGUUUAUCUGUUAUUCAUUGCAUUUUGCUGCUGUCGAAAAUUUCGCAACAUCUGCACAUUUUGUGAUUAUUGUAGUGAACUAAAGUAUAUAUGUGUUUCUCUCUUUAUGACCAAAGAGAUAGUUAUUUAUUUAUUUAAGUUAUUCAUGUUGUUAGUUUUGUCAGUUACAUCUAGGUAUGUAAGCAAGGUACAUUUAUGUUAUGAAUUUAUUAGUACAUUUAAAGUUUGGUCUAUUAUUAGUCAAGUCCCUAAAGUGACAAUAUCGAGACGUAAAGAAAUGUAAAUUAAGUCAAUAUCUGUCGCCGAAUGAGGCGUUGAGCAAAUUGCCUUUGAUGCAGCUGGGGUUGAAACAUGAAUUUGGUCAAAAACUCAAUUGACGUUACUAAUAUUUAAUAUGAUAUUUAGAGUUUAAGAUAUACCAUGUUUACUAAGCUUUUGCUUCAAAAUACAUGAUGAUCUGUACAUCUUGAAAAUAUGCAACCAUGUAAAUGUUUAUUUUUUCAUUUCCCUAUCAAGCUGCGAACAACUUACCUUUCAGAAUUUGAACAAUAGAUUAUUUAAUUGAUGAAUGUGCAACGCUGUAAUUAACAUUGAUUGCAUUUUACAUGUAUUUGUAUGAAAAUGGAUCGGUUUAUUUUUAACAAGCAAACGACCAAACAACCCACAUUAUAAACUUAUUUCACACUUUUGAA